AUGACGUUGUUAGAUCAGGAACUAGCCGAUAAGCUCGGUCUUUCCGGCCCCGUAACACCUCUUGGGCUACGAUGGACGGGUGGUACUGAGCGUUGCGAAAAGAAUUCACGCGUAGUGGAUUUACAUAUCACUGGAACACACACCAAUGCGCAGAAAUUCCAGCUGAGUGGAGUUCGUACAGUUGAGGAGCUUAUGCUGCCGUAUCAGUCACUCGACAUGGAGCAGAUGAUUCAACGAUAUCCACACUGUUGUAAUUUACCGAUAGAGUCCUACUCCCACGUUCGGCCCCAAAUUCUAAUAGGCUCGAAACACGCCGCAGCCGGACUCGUAUUGAAAAGCAAGGAAGGAAACCUAGACGAGCCUAUCGCUGUAAAGACCCGACUGGGAUGGACCAUAUAUGGUGGAUGCAGCACUGAUGAAUCCACUAACAUUAGUCACUAUUCCUUCCACGUGUGCGAAACCGAUGCACAGAAUGAUGAGCUUCUACACCAAACAGUCAAGGAGUACUUUUCCCUGGAUAGCCUCGGAAUAUCAAAGCCUGGGACGAAACUACUUUCGACAGAAAAUCAACGAGCAAUAUCACUCCUUCAAAAUCUCACGAAGUUCAACGGGAAGCAGUACGAAACUGGACUACUGUGGCGGCACGACGGAACUCGCUUACCAGACAAUAAGGAGAUGCCACUACGUCGAUACUUUAGUCUCGAAAAACGAAUGCAGAACGAUUUCGAGCUAGCAACCACACUUCAAAACAAAAUGUCGGAAUAUCAGGCAAAGGACUACAUUCGCAAACUUACGAACCAGGAGUUAAGCAACCACUAUUUGCGUGUCUGGUACUUACCCAUCUUUCCUGUGUUUAAUCCAAACAAACCAGGUAAGAUUCGUAUUGUUUGGGAUGGAGCAGCAACAAACUUUGGCGUUUCCCUAAACUCAGCUCUUAUCACGGGUCCGGACCAACUAUGUUCGUUAUUUGCUAUCUUACUCAAAUUUCGUGAGCAUGCUGUGGGCGUCACCGGCGACAUCAGAGAAAUGUAUCAUCAGGUUCUCAUCAACGAAGAGGAUCAACAGUGCCAAAGGUUCUUCUGGAAAGGCGAAAACAACGAACCGCAGGUCUACGUAAUGAAUGUCAUGACGUUUGGGGCUAACUGUUCACCAGCAUGCGCACAAUACAUAAAAAACGUCAACGCUGAACGAUUUGUUUCUGCAUUCCCAGAGGCAGUGGACAUCAUCGUGAACAAACACUACGUCGAUGACGCGAUGUUUAGCACAGACACACCGGAACACGCCACCCGACUUGCAAGAGAGAUACGUCAAAUACACUCCUCUGGUGGAUUCGAAAUACGCAACUGGGUGAGUAAUUCGCCGCAAGUUCUUCGGGCGCUUCAUGAAGACAUCACCGAGGAAAAAAGUAUGGAUUUAUCCACAAGCCCCAUGGCCACCGAAAAAGUAUUGGGGAUGUGGUGGUGUACCGCUUCCGAUACCUUCGUCUACAAAAUCCGAUGGGAUCGCUACGAACCAGAUCUUCUGACGGGAAACUUACGGCCAACCAAACGUCAGAUGCUUCAAAUCCUUAUGUCUAUUUUCGACCCUCUGGGUCUUAUAGCGCACUUCCUUAUGUAUCUGAAGGUACUCUUGCAAGAAGUAUGGCGAUGUGGUACUCAAUGGGAUGAGAAGAUUGAGGAUACACUGUUCGAAAAAUGGCGCAAAUGGUUACAAGUGCUGCCACAAGUGGAGAGUGUCAAAAUCCCACGCUGGUUUCGGUCGGUGGAGACUCCUGACUCUUGUGUGGUACAACUACAUACCUUCGUAGAUGCUAGCGAAACUGGCAUGGCAGCGACAACAUUUCUUCGCUUCUCAUUCAACGGUACAGUUGUAUGUACGUUAGCAGCAGCAAAAACAAGAGUAGCCCCGCUGAAAUACCACUCAAUACCUCGUUUAGAACUCCAGUCAGCCUUAAUUGGAGCUAGGUUAGCUCAAACCGUCGCAGAUACUCUCUCCUAUCGAAUCAACCAGCGGUACUACUGGACGGACUCCCGCGACGUCCUAAGCUGGAUUAGCUCAGACCAUCGACGAUACAGCGCGUUUGUGGCUUUUCGAGUUAGCGAAAUCCUCGAUACGUCGGGCAUUAAGGACUGGUACUGGGUACCAUCAAAACAAAACGUAGCGGACGAUGGAACUAAAUGGCAGUCGCAACCAGAUCUCUCACCAGAAUCAAGGUGGUUCGUUGGUCCCAGUUUCCUAUAUCGAUGUGAAUCUGAAUGGCCAUCCCCUAUAGUCAAAUGCCCUCCAACGGACAAUGAGCUACGACAUUGUUUUCUCGCCCAUCAUACACACCUUGAUCCUUUGAUCGAUGUGACGACCUUCUCGAGCUGGAGAAGGCUUCACAACGUGAUCGCCUUCGUUCACCGUUUCACCACAAACUGCCGCCUCAAAGCAAAGAAGCAGACAACAACAACAGGGCCACUGACUAUGCAAGAGCUGUAUCAUGCCGAAGGACUUCUAUUCCGUCAAGCUCAGCGGGAUGAUUAUGCUGAUGAAGUACUGCUUUUGAAUAAGGCUUGCAGCGAAAGCCAGUCGAAUCCACUGCCAAAAACCAGUCGUCUGUUCAAAUUGUCACCAUGGAUGGACGAUCGCGGAGUGAUGCGCAUGCGGAGUCGUCUAACAGCUUGUCAGUAUAUAACCGACGAAACGAAAAAACCAGUGAUCUUACCAAGCCAUCACCCCGUGACCACCUUGUUAAUCACCCACUAUCACAAAAAGUUCAAUCACCAGAACCACGAAGCCAUAAUAAACGAAAUCCGUCAAAA